AUGGCACUGGGGUUAGGACAUGCGCGCCAGAUGGCCAUAGGGUACGAGGACGGCAAGAACAUGAGGAACUUUCUCGAUCUUGUGGAGAUAGAUUUCGUUGAACGGGGGCUGGAAGCUCGGCAGUGGGGAGAAGAACUAAAACGAUAUCUGACGGGCGACGCCUUGGAUUACUGGUUGUACUUGCGUGAUACGGGAGUAUCACUGACUGAUUGGGAACAUCUGAGACAGCAAUUAUGUGCCCGAUUCUGUACCAUAACAAAGGAAAGGAUGAAAUUGAUGAUAGCAGAGAAUGUGUGGCGAGGUGAUCACAACGCAUACUCUGCUCGUUUUGCGGCCAUCGUGGUCCAAGGGGUAUCGAUAGCACCAGACCUGUUGCUGGGUUACUAUUUGGCCAACCUACCGCUUGAAAUAUACCGAGAGAUAACUCGAGGUGGAACGAGGAAAUUUGCGGACUGGCAGGAAGCAGCCGCAGCCCUGGCUACUACGGAGGCACCAUGGAGGGAUUCAUUGGAAGAGCGCCGCCGAUUCCAGAGGGACUUAGAGGACGCCAAGUGUAGAUGGGCUCACGGUGGACGAGAGCCGGGUCUACAGCGAGCAAGGGAAACAGAUGGAAUGACACUACGGAAUCACGCUGUUACGAGUGCAGAGGAAGGGGGCAUAUGA